AUGCCUAUUAAAGAUGAUGUUCAAACCUCUGAUUCAUUUAGCAAGUUUUAUGAGAAAGAUACUGGCUAUGAAACCUGCAGGUAUCCAUACUCGGGCAUCCGAAAUCCCGAUGCUGGUAAGCAGGCCGCUUUAGAUCACAAUGCCAGUAUCGAAGAGGAAGAUGCGAUACCCCUUUUACAAGAAAACGUCAUCGGCUGGCUAAGUGAGGGUGUUAAACAUGGAGGUGUUACCGACCAGUUUAAACGUUGCCUUGAGACACAAGAUUACAAUCCAUUCUCAAACACGACAUCUGUUAGUCCUCCAUUUGCUUCAAUUGAGCAGCCACAUAAUGAUCUACAUUUGGCCAUAGGUGGAUACACAAAACCGGUAACUAAUAAAGAUGGAAGCGUCAAACAGGAUGCCCAGGGCAACAUCAUGUGGAGUGGUCCAAUUACAGGAGCAAAUGGUGACAUGGGUGCAAACGAGGUGGCUUCGUACGACCCAGUUUUCUUCUUGCAUCACUGCAACAUUGAUCGCAUGCUUUGGGUCUGGCAGAAGAAGCAUAACAAGACGGAUCCGAGCACAUUCACCAUUGACAACAGUGAUAAAGAGGACAAAGGCAUCUCGAACAGCGAGCAAGGUGCUACUCCCUACCAGAGAUGGGGCCAAAAGCUAAACGAGAAGACCAUUCUUUACCCGUUUCAAGAUGAGUACGGUGUCCCUCGAACAUCCAGGGAUUGCAUCGACAUUGUCGGGCAGCUUGGUUAUGAUUACUCCAUUGGCUCGCUGGAUCAAGAAGAGUGGCCUGAACCUGAAAAAGUAAAGAUCAUGUCCCUGCUACGUAAGCCAAGCACACCCUGGGAGGACAUUCUUGUUAAGCUCAAAAUGGAAGAGGAAGACUUAAAGAGAAGUGCCACUGCCACAGGUGUCCAACGCCUCCGACUGAUAUUUGACCGUACUCACCUUCCUGCAAUGAAAAAGGAACCUUUUCCUGAUUGUCACAUCCCUCUGUUCCCAACUGGUCCUAUCAGUUUUAAAAUGAAGGGACUGCAGUACAAUUUGAAAGAUUUUAUUCAGGUCAAAGAUGUCAACAAGGACAAGAUUUCAGGAUCUUUCCUUGUGCAAGUGUUCUACAAAGCCAAUGGAAAGCUCUACUAUCUGGGACAGCGCGGUGUUCUGUCCAGGUGGAACAGAAGCAACUGCGCUAACUGCCAGGGACGAAGGAUGGCUGACAUCUCCAUUCCAAUCACAGGAGAGGACAGAGCUCCGUAUGACCCUCAGAACCUAGUGGUGCACCUUGUGAGUAAGGACGGGCUGACCGGUAAGUACAAAAAAGAGGUGCUCGCUGGCAAAGAUCUUGUUGUACCGGCAGCUGCCAGAAGUGCUUCUGGUGAGCCAAAGCCUUCACUUCGCAUCGUCGGGGUUUUUACCUAUGAAAACUGA